GGCGGACAGAAGCAGAGAGGGAGGUUGGACCGGGAACAAUAGAGAGAAACGAAGCCUACCCUGAACACCAAACAAACCGAGAGGGCGACAAAAAGAAAGCAAACCACAGCGGGUGAUGGAGGGAGGGCGAGCUAAGCGAAGGACAUGUGAGGAAUAAAGACGCGAGGAUCUUUCCCGAGCCGUGGGCUUUAUUCCCGUCUUUCUUUGUCACUGGAUAGUAAAACGGAUUCCGGUAUGAACCCAGCAGAAGCGGCCGAGGAGGCGCCCAGCGACCCCGACACUGAUGCCUUCUACAAAACAGGGCCCUUCAGGACUGAAGGCAUCAAGGCCUCUGAUGUUCUUCCUAUUUUAAAGGAAAAAGUUGCCUUUGUGUCAGGUGGACGAGAUAAACGAGGAGGACCAAUCCUGACGUUUCCUGCCAGGAGCAACCACGACCGAAUAAAACCCGAGGACCUGAGGAGGCUGGUAACCUACCUGUCCACUGUCCCCAGCGAGGACGUGUGCAAACGUGGCUUCACCGUCAUCAUCGACAUGCGAGGUUCAAAGUGGGAGCUGAUUAAGCCUCUGCUCAAGACGCUGCAGGAGUCUUUCCCAGCUGAGAUCUGCGUGGCUCUCAUCAUUAAGCCCGACAACUUUUGGCAGAAACAGAAGACGAACUUCGGGAGUGCAAAGUUCUCUUUUGAGACCAACAUGGUGUCGGUUGAAGGUCUUGCCAAGCUAGUGGAUCCCUCCCAGCUCACAGACGACUUCGAAGGCUCGCUGGACUACAACCACGAGGAGUGGAUGGAUCUCAGGGUGUCGUUGGAGGAGUUCAUGUCCAACGCUGUUCAUCUGCUGUCCAGACUGGAGGAUCUGCAGGAGCUCCUGUCCAAGAAGGACUUUCCUGCAGAUGUGGAAGGCUCUCGGCGACUGAUAGACGAACACACCCAGCUUAAGAAAAAGGUGCUAAAGGCUCCAGUGGAGGAAUUGGACCAGGAAGGCCAGAGGCUGCUCCAGUGCAUCAGAUCGAGUGAUGGCUUUUCAGGGAGAAACUGCAUCUCAGGCUCAGCUGACUUUCAGAGCCUUGUGCCCAAGGUGGCCAGUCUGCUGGAUAAGCUGCAUUCCACCAGACAACAUCUCCAUCAGAUGUGGCACGUCAGGAAACUGAAGCUGGACCAGUGCUUCCAGCUGCGCCUCUUUGAACAGGACGCAGAGAAAAUGUUUGACUGGAUCAGCCACAAUAAGGAAUUGUUCCUGCAGAGCCACACGGAGAUCGGCCGAGGUUACCAGCACGCUGUGGAGCUGCAGACUCAACACAAUCACUUUGCCAUGAACUCCAUGAAUGCCUACGUAAACAUCAACAGAAUCAUGUCGGUGGCGAGUCGUCUGGCCGAGGCCGGCCACUACGCCUCCGCUCAGAUUAAACAGAUCUCAGGACAGCUGGAUCAGGACUGGAAAAGCUUUGCUGCUGCACUUGACGAACGCUCCACCAUCCUGGCCAUGUCGUCCGUCUUUCACCAGAAGGCUGAGCAGUUUCUGUCUGAGGUGGAGACCUGGUGUAAAGUCUGCAGCGAGGGCGGGUUACCCUCUGAGAUGCAGGAGUUGGAGAUUGCCAUUCACCGUCACCAGAGCCUUUAUGAGCAAGUGACCCAGGCGUACACUGAGGUGAGUCAGGAUGGUAAAGCCCUGCUGGAUGUCCUCCAGAGGCCUCUCAGUCCAGGCAACUCGGAAUCUCUUACAGCCACUGCAAAUUACUCCAAAGCGGUGCACUGUAUCUUGGACGUGGUUCAUGAGGUUCUUCACCAUCAGCGGCGUCUGGAGAACAUUUGGCAACAUCGAAAGGUCCGAUUGCACCAGAGACUGCAGCUCUGCGUAUUCCAGCAAGAUGUCCAGCAGGUGAUGGACUGGAUAGAAAACCACGGCGAGGCUUUCCUCAGCAAACACACGGGCGUCGGGAAAUCCCUCCACAGAGCCCGAGCCCUGCAGAAGAGACACGACGACUUUGAAGAUGUAGCUCAGAACACUUACACCAACGCAGACAAGCUGCUGGAGGCGGCCGAGCAGCUCGCGCAGACCGGAGAGUGUGACCCGGAGGAAAUCUACAAGGCAGCUCGACACCUGGAAGUGCGAAUCCAGGACUUUGUCCGGCGGGUGGAACACAGGAAGCUGCUGCUUGACAUGUCUGUCUCCUUCCACACACACACGAAGGAGCUGUGGUCGUGGAUGGAGGAGCUGCAGAAGCAGCUGCUGGACGAUGUGUGCUGCGAUUCUGUGGACUCGGUGCAGACUCUGAUCCAGCAGUUCCAGCAGCAGCAAACAGCCACACUGGAGGCAACGCUCAAUGUGAUUAAAGAGGGGGAGGAGCUAAUACAGCAGCUGAGAAACCCAGUGAUGGCAGCAGAAACAGGAGGGGUGGAGCAGCGAGUUCAGGGGUGGUGUCAGGACCAGAGAUGGGCACUUCGAAUCUUUGAGCAGUACACGAUAGAGGUCACGGCAGAACUAGACGCUUGGAACGAGGAUCUGUCUCGUCAGCUGAACGACACCGGCCGCUCGGGUGCUAGCAGCAGCGGCAGCAGCGGGGGAGGCGGUGCCUCGUCCGCCGGCUCGGAGGACAUCGGUCUGGCAGAACAGCGGCUGAAGCGGCACGCAGAGAGGAAAGCAGCCAUGAACAACAUGACCUAUGAGGUGAUGCAGCAGGGUCAAGAUCUGCACCAGUACAUCAUGGAGGUCCAGGCUUCAGGAAUCGAGCUGACAGGAGAGAAGGACUUGGACUUGGCCUCUCAGGUUCAGGAGCUGCUGGAGUUCCUGCACGAGAAGCAGCAGGAGGUGGAGGUCAACGUGCAGCACACGCACACGCGGCUGGAGCAGACUCUCCAGCUGCGCCACCUGCAGGGAGAAGUUAAACAGGUGUUGGGUUGGAUACGUAACGGAGAGUCCAUGCUGAACGCCAGCAUGGUCAACGCCAGCUCACUGUCUGAGGCCGAGCAGCUUCAGAGGGAGCAUGAGCAGUUCCAGAUGGCUAUAGAGCACGCCCACGUGCUGGAGCUGAAGCGCUGGGUGAGCACGGUGGACCGCAGGUACCGGGACUUCUCUGCACGGAUGGGCAAAUACCAGGAGAGCCUGGAGAGGAGCCUGGGAAUGAGCUCUGAGGACAACAAAGACCUGGAACUGGACACCAUCCCCGCCAGCCUGACUGACGACCCGGAGGUCAAACUGCGUGACCCCAACCAUGAGGUCAACGAGGAGAAGAGGAAGUCUGCCAGGAAGAAAGAGUUCAUCAUGGCAGAGCUCUUGCAGACAGAGAAGACCUACGUCAGAGACCUUCAGGAGUGUUUAGAGACGUACCUGUGGGAGAUGACCAACGGCGUCGAGGAGAUCCCACCUGGCAUUGCUAACAAAGAGCACGUCAUAUUUGGUAACAUGCAGGAGAUAUUUGACUUCCACAGCAACAAAGCUGAUAAGUUCCACAUAUAUGUGGAUUACUGCAAGAACAAACCAGACUCCAGCCAGCUGAUCCUGGAGCACGCGGGCACCUUCUUUGAUGAGAUCCAGCAGAGACGAGGACUGGCUAACUCGAUCUCCUCCUACCUCAUCAAACCGGUCCAGAGGAUCACCAAGUACCAGCUACUGCUAAAGGAGUUAUUGUCCUGCUGCGAGGAGGGAAAGGGAGAGAUCAAAGACGGUUUGGAGGUGAUGCUCAGCGUUCCUAAGAGAGCAAACGACGCCAUGCAUCUCGCCAUGUUAGAGGGCUUCGAGGAGAACCUGGAGGUGCAGGGCGAGCUGAUCCUGCAGGACAGUUUUCAGGUUUGGGAUCCACGCUCGCUCAUCAGGAAGGGAAGGGACCGGCACCUCUUCCUGUUUGAGUUCUCGUUGGUCUUCAGCAAAGAGAUCAAAGACUCAGCUGGCAGAACCAAGUACCAGUACAAGAACAGACUACUGACGUCAGAGUUGGGGGGAGGUGAAGACGGAGACAGUCAGGGAGACGGCAGCAGCCAACCAGACACCAUCUCGAUUGCAUCCAGGACAUCCCAGAACACUGUAGACAGCGACAAGCUCUCCGGUGGAUGUGAGCUGACUGUCGUUCUCCAGGACUUUGCAGCAGGAUGCAGCACAGAGAUGUCUGUCAGCACAGGUCAGACGGUGGAGCUGUUGGAGCGGCCCAGCGAGCGGCCCGGGUGGUGUCUAGUCCGAACCACUGACCGCAGCCCGCCGCAGGAGGGACUGGUUCCCACGUCUGUCCUCUGCGUUUCCCACUCACGUUCCAGUGUGGAGAUGGACUGUUUCUUCAGUUCAGGGAAAGAAAACUAUACUGUUGGCUCGGACGGCAAGACCGAAUCGGUGGCCAACCUUCAGCCGCAGCCGUCCCUCAGCUCCCUGCAGUCCAGCUCUCCUGGUCCCAAACGCUCUGGGAACACUCUGAGGAAGUGGCUGACCAGUCCGGUCCGCCGCCUCAGCGGCAGCUCUGUUAAGAAGCUUCCUAAUCACAAACAGAAGAAGCCAGGGCCAGGAACAGGAAAAGAGGAAAUCAGAAAGAGCAUCGACCUGGGUCAGCCUGACCUCACCUUGCAGGAUGAUGUCACUGGUGAGAGAGUCAUCAGCAGAGAUGGCAACAUCCUGUCGAAGACGUCUGGGAUGCAGAGCGGUGGGGAGGAGGAGCAGGAUGAAGACGCCCACACCCCUCUGCCUCCCCGUAUGAAGAUCAUCAACGACCCAUCAGAUCCUGAUGACAAGUCUUCGUCCUUGCUCACCUCUCUGCAGUCUUCCUCUGAGGUGCCCAGUGCUGCAGAGCUAGUUAGCGCCAUAGAGAAACUGGUUAAAACCAAGAUGAGUCUAGAACCAGGGGUGUACCCGGGCUUUACCCCUCUCUGUCCGCCUGAACAAACCACUCCUGUUCAGCCACGCAACCCUGAACAGGAGCAGAGAGCAAAAGCUAUGAGAGGACGGAUGUUUGUUCUGAACGAGCUGAUUCAGACAGAGAAGGACUAUGUCAAAGACCUGGGCAUCGUGGUGGAGGGGUUCAUGAAGAGGAUCGAGGAGAAGGGCGUCCCAGACGACAUGAAAGGAAAAGACAAAAUCGUGUUUGGGAACAUCCACCAGAUUUAUGACUGGCACAGAGAUUUCUUUGUAGGAGAACUGGAGAAAUGCCUGGAUGACCACGAACACCUCCCUGAGCUCUUCAUUAAACACGAGAGAAGGCUCCACAUGUAUGUUGUUUAUUGUCAGAAUAAGCCCAAGUCAGAGUUCAUCGUGGCAGAAUACGACACGUAUUUCGAUGGAAUCCAACAAGAUAUCCAGUCCAGGUUGUCCAUCAGUGACUUCCUCAUCAAACCAAUCCAGAGAAUCACCAAAUACCAGCUUUUACUGAAGGUGACACACAGUCUCUCCUUAUCACGAAAGAAAAUGCCAAAGAGCAUAUCUAAAGCAGUAGAUUUGAUGUCUCAGGUCCCGAAACUGUGUAAUGACAUGAUGAAUUUGGGUCGGCUGCAGGGAUUUGAGGGGAAACUGACCAGUCAGGGCAAACUGCUGCAGCAGGAAACCUUUUUUGUUACGGUGCAAGACGCCGGCGUCCUGUCCCGCUCGAAGGAACGACGAGUCUUCUUGUUCGAGCAAAUCGUGAUCUUCAGUGAGCUGCUGAGAAAAGGCUCGUCCACACCCGGCUACCAGUUCAAAAAGAGCAUCAAGGUUUCCUACUUGGGUCUGGAGGACAGUGUGGAUAAUGAUCCCUGUAAGUUUGUGUUGCUGAGUCGCGGCUCAUCGGAGCGUUUCACCCUGCAGGCAGCCAAUGUUGACAUUAAGCAGGUGUGGGUCCAACACAUUCAGGAACUCCUGGAUGCUCAAAGCAACUUCCUGUCUGCUCUGCAGUCACCCAUCGUCUACCACAAUCAGCAGAGCGGAGGAGGCAACAGCUCAUCGCUGACCAGAAACCGCUCGUCCUCAGGGAAUCAAACUAGCGCGUCCUCUCACAGCCGACCCUCGUCAGUGGUCGGCCUCUGCAGUGCGGAGAAGGGGAAGAGCCAAGUCAAAGUCUCCACCUCUAAUGGAGGUUCAUCGUGUUUUGACUCCAUGGACAACAACGACAUCACUUCCACCAUGCUGGUCACUCAGGACUACUCGGCGCUCAAAGAGAAUGAGAUCUGUGUCAGCCAAGGAGAGAGCGUUCAGGUCAUGGCCACCAAUCAGCAGAACAUGUACCUCGUUUACCGGCCGGCCAACAGCCAGUCGCCUGCCGCGGAGGGCUGGGUGCCAGGACACGUCUUAGGCCCGCUCACAAAGCCCAUUAAAGACUCUUCUUCUACUUGCUCCUUCUCAGCAGCCGUAACAGACGCCAACAACAUCAAGAAGUCUCUGUCGUGGAACACACUGCGUGCCAGGAAGCGCGCUGAAGACAAGGAUGCCUUCUCAGUAGGGGUCAAAGGUCAGGAGAAUGGCCUUCUCCGUAAGCCCAAAGAAAUCACUCCUCCUACCCCGUUCGCCUCGUCCGACCCUGUGGCGAAAGGCAAAGAGGUCCAAACUUCAGAUGAUUCAGAUUGUGGUGAUGACAUUGACCCAAAGACGGGCAUGGAGCUUCUGAAUCCAAACUUCAUCCAGGAAGGUGAGACAUACAUAAGGCAGUUAAUGCAAAUUACAUUUAUUUAUUCAUUGAAUAAGUUGUGUGACAAAGCCAAGAGGCCACGGGAAUAUUUCCUCCCCUCUCCAUACUCCUACGCACUGUGCAGGGAUACAGGUGACAUCUUGUUGAAAGUCUGUAAUCUGAUGCCCCAGGAUACAGGAAUCUACACCUGUGUUGCUGUUAAUGACCACGGCACUGCCUCCUCCUCUGCCUCCAUCAAAGUCCAAGGUAUCCCAGCAGCCCCAGUGCGACCUGUGGCUCAGGAGGCCAGCAGCACAGCGGUGAUGAUCCACUGGCUGCCCCCGGCUUCAUCUGCCCACUGUACUGUCAGCAGCUAUACUGUGGAGUACAGACAGGAAGACUCGUUCCUGUGGCAGCAGGUGGCCAGCAGCAGGGAGGAAUGUGUGCAGAUCGACUCUCUGAUCCCCGGAGGUCACUAUCAGUUCAGAGUUCGGGCCUCCAACCGCUGGGGUGUCGGCCCACCAUCGGAGCCCUCAAAUAUGGUCACACUAGUGGCAGUGAAGUUUGUGAGCAAGAAGAUGCAGAAGAAGGAGCAAGUGGCGCAUGAGGCAGACAUUCUGCAAUAUGUCCAGAAUCACCAGCUGGUGUCAUUGUUGGACACCUACGAGUCUCCUUCCUGUCUGCUGCUCGUCCUGGAGCUACUGGAGGAUGGCCGCUUGCUUGAUUAUCUGGUUGCCCACGAUGAGCUGAUGGAGGAGAAGGUGGCGUUCUUCAUCAGAGAAACUCUGGAGGCCCUGGAGCACCUUCACACCUGUAGAGUGGCUCACCUGGACCUGAAGCCCGAGAACAUCAUGGUCAACCUCCAUUCCCCCACGCCCAGUGUUAAGCUAAUUGAUUUUGGUGACGCUGUCCAGCUGUCUGCCCACCGCCGAUACGUCCACCUCUUGCUCGGGAAUCCAGAGUUUGCUGCGCCCGAGCUGAUCCGUGGCGCUCCGGUCUCCGUGGCCACAGACAUGUGGAGCUUGGGUGUUCUGGCUUAUGUCAUGCUCAGUGGCGUUUCUCCGUUUCUGGACGAGUCGCCGGAGGAAACCUGCAUCAACAUCUGCCGCCUAGACUUCUGCUUCCCAGACGAAUACUUCUGCAACGUGAGCCAGGUGGCGAGGGAUUUUGUGUCGUCGUUACUGCAGCAGGAUCCCAGGAAGCGGCCGAGUGCUACUUCCUGUCUCCAACAUCUGUGGGUGGGUCGUGGAGGCGGGGAGUACUCCAAGACGCCGCUGGACACGGCGCGGUUGGCCACGUUUAUCGAUCGCAGGAGACAACUGCACGACGUUCGGCCCAUUAUGAACGUCAAAGGGCUGGUGAGCAGCGGCGUGGGAAACACGCUGUGAUGGGAUCUGAACUCCCACAGGAGCGUUUGAUUGUGUGUCAGUGUGCGUGGGACAGAUGUUUGGUGCUGGAAUCUUCUUGCUUCUGCAGGACCACGAUCAGUCACCUGUAGACCAAAACCUUAACCCCAGAAUAUUUAUUUAUUCUUGUUAUUUGUUCAUUUCAGCCAUGACACAUGAAGCGGGUCAGGUAAACUGCCAAAACACCACAAGAACCCAAAGAAGUCAGCUGGACUAAGCUGGAUGUGUUUACUCCAGUUUGCCGUCAUGUAACGAACUGUUGGGGCUUUGCAGAGGCCUCUCGCUGAGCUGAGGACUCGUGCCGUUGAUCUCAGGCUCUGGUGCUGAGGGUCCUGCACAAAGUGCUGUUUGCAGGAACAGUGACACACCGUGAUGAGCCUGUUUCUAGUAUAUUUGUAAUCAUUUCCUUUCAAGGACAGUGUCCUAAAAAUGAUAUUUGCAUAUCGAUAAACUUCAAUAUUUGCCCACAGUUUACUCGAAUAUGCUGGUAUUCAAAACAUCUUCUCCAGUUUCUCUUCGUCACUUUUCUUUCUCCUGUUUUUACAGGCAACAGAUUACAGAUUACUACAGAGGUGGGAAAUCACAAAUACUCUGUUACAGUACUUAAGUAGGAUUUUCAGGUAUCUGUAUUUACUCCCUACAUUUUCAUAAAAUUCAA